CGAUACCGUUCCUUCACUCCCCAAAUUCUCAUAUUUGCUCUAACCAAUCUCCGUUCUUUGCUCUUUUUCUUUAAACAAUCUUCAAUUGGAGGUGAUGAUUAAGCAAUCAGAACAACACAUAAGAGGUUCUGAUCUAUGGACGAGUUUGGAUAUGGAACUGUUGACUCGUUGAGAGUCUUCUCCACCAAAUCGAAGCGUUUCCUCCACUGCUUUUGGAGAAUUUGGAGACUUUGAUGAAUUAAACUCCAUCUGAUGGUUAAUGGAGGAAGUUCAGCAGAUGGAAUGGGAUCGAAUGUGCUACAUUCCCACCAUUGAAGAAAGGAAGUUCAGCAGAUGGAAUGGGAUCGAAUAUGCUACCUUCCCACCAUUGAAGAAAGCGCGAUGUCUGAGACGAAGCUUUUCACCCCUUCACUCGGAGUUACUUGCUUUGAUCUGGGCUAUGGAAUCCCUCAUGGCGGCUGGUGUUGAUUGUAAAAAUUAUGAGACAGACUGUGCAGAGCUAAUUGCGAUUGUGCAAUCUCUAGAAGAGUGGCCCGCCUUCUCCAAUAUAUUGGAUGAUUUCAGCCUUCUCCGAUCCUCCUUCCCUUCUUUUACUCUUACCAAGAUUCCGCGAUCGUCUAACGAGAGGGCAGAUUGUCUUGCUCGUUCUUCAAGAACUUUAGUUUCAGAAUUAUCUUUUGUAAACUUCUAUCCUCCGGCUUGGGUAACCAAUCUUGGAGUUAUUUUCUAAUUCUUAAUGUUUGGUUGACAAAAAAAAAACAUCCAAACUAUUUAUGUUUUACUUAAAAUAUUUUUAUUAAAGAAUAAGAUCUUCAAUAACA